ACAAACUAUAUGUAUAAAUAUAUUAUCAUUCUGUACUUUUUAAGAAGUCACUUCCAAGUCUAGUAUUUUCUCUUCUUUAAGACGCUUUGAUUGCAACAGAAAAGUCACUUCGAGUUCCUGCUUCAUUUUUAAAUCUCAUUAAAUAUCUUAUUCUCAAGGACAUCACAAGAUGCGUGUAACCAUUUUUAUCAUCUUUCUCGUACCAACUUUAACUUUAGCAGCAUACAAGAUGAAGGAAGUUUAUGAAUGGAAAUUCGUGGACUUCUUGUGGCCAUCUAAAUAUGAGAGAAUUGAAGCCAUUCAAAAUGGAACAUACAAUCGUAAGAGGAUUAUUCCAAUGGAUGUGGACAAAGAUCGAGAUGGUCGAGUUUUCGUAACGCUCCUUGGAGCUACAGGCGUGCCUGCAACUCUAGGUAUAGUUACGAAUAAGACUGGACCUUGGGGACAUCUGAUCAAACCCUACCCGAACUGGUCGUGGUUCAGACCUAAUGACUGUAAUAGUAUACAAAGCGUCCAUAGGAUUGCUAUCGAUAAAUGUAACAGACUGUGGAUCUUAGACGUGGGAUUUAAGAUGUGUUGCUGUACAGUGUGUCCCCCUAAAUUGGUUGUAUUUGAUCUUGACUCUGAUGUACAUCUUAAAACGGUCAUAAUUCCUGAUAGUAUUACAAAGUACAAAAGAAGAUCUUCAAUAUUUGUGACGCCAGUAGUUGAUACCAAAGGGCCCCAAUGCGAGAAAACUACGGUAUACAUUGCAGACACACAUAGUAAUACUUUAAUAAUUUACGAUGGCCAAAGCAUGCGGAGUCUGAAUCAUAAUACUUUUAACUUUGAUCAUAACGCUCAAAUUUUAACGUCAGGUGUAAAUAAAGUAAAAGCAAAAAAUGGCAUCCUUGGCUUAGCUAUCUCACCUCAGGUUUACCCUACAGAUCCCAAAUUCUUGUACUAUCGUCCACUUAGCUCUAAAGGAUUGUUUGCAGCUAAUAUUAAUGAACUUGAGCGUAGCUUCCACGGUGAGAACGUAAAUUAUUUUGGGGAUAAAGAACUACUGCCAAGUCAAGCCGUAGCCAUGGCGUUUUCAAGUAAUGGUACACUCUUCUUUGGACUGACAAAGGAAAGUUCAAUUGGAUGUUACAAUCAAUACAAAAAAUUAGUUCGUGGCAAUAUAGGAAUAGUUGACCAAGACAACGAACGGCUUGGAUACCUCAAUGGUGUCAAGGUGAUUAAAUCAUCAAAAAAGCAUCCAAUAGAAGAACUAUGGGUUCUGUCAAAUCAUUUUGUGGCAUCACUUUCUCAAUCAUUCAUGCAAAACGACAAAGUUAAAUUUCGAGUUUUAAAAGGUAGUGUUGAAAAUCUUGUCAAAGGAACCGUAUGUGGUUAGCCAAAACGCAGAUAGUAUUAUAUCGAUUCUUGUAUUUAAGAAUGGUGUUUUUGUCGUGAAAUAUAGUAAAUAUCAAUAACACUGUAUUUUGUUUUUUUAUCAAAAGUCUAAAAAUUUUGAUCAUUUCAUGUAUACAUUUCCUCAAAUGGUUAUCUCUUCAAUAAAAGAAUUCAUCAAA